AUGUGGACGGCGACACGCACUGGCCCAGGUCUUAGCAGCUCAGCCGCCGGCGACGUCCCAGAUCUUCCCUGCCUACCCAGCCAGUCCUCCACUAGCUCGCGGAGCGCCAAGCGGUCACGGGUGGUGGAAGCCCCCGUGGAAUCGGUGGAUGCGGCCGAGGUGGGCGAAGCAGAGGAAGCGCGACUUCCACCUGUCUCUCACCAGGCCAGCCGCAGCCCGCUGGGGGCUCCCGACGUGGGGGAAGCUCUGAAAGAGGCUGACGUCAUGGGGGAGGGCGAGGCUGGAAUGGAAAUCGUCCUCGGCGAAGACGAGCCGGACAUACCCGGGAGACUGGAGAAGGACGAGAAGCCUCCCGCUGCCGACAUCGAGCAAAGUGCCUCGGAAGUCAGCGUGAAGGGAUGUGAGCUCUCACUCAGAGGGGCAUCUGAAGAGCGCUGCGAAGAGGAUCCACCCGACAAAGACCCGAAGGACUUGGACAGCCAGAGCCAGACAUCCAUCAGAUUUCCGACGUCGUCGGCCCUGCGCCAGAAUGUCCUGGAACAGCUUCAAAUCGAGGCACCUCGGCUCAAGCACUUCGCGGCCUGGACCCAGCAGGAGGACCAGGCACCUUCGCUGCAGGUGGAGUUUGCGGUGCAGGUACCAAAGGCAGAGGUCGCUGACUGGCGCCAGCGCAUGGCGACCUGCCACUGGAACAUGGCCGCCGGAGGGCCUUGGGUCCAGGCCCCGGUGCAGCAGCAGCCCGCCGCCCUGAUCAAGUCCAAGGGCCGAGCCCCAGGGAUGGACCUUCUGGACUUUGUGGAACGCUGCGGCAACAGGUUGCUGGGCCGGCGCCACACUGAGGACGCCGAGGAGGCGGAGCUCAACGCUUUGCAUCUGGAGGUGGCCAGGCAACUGCUCCGGAAGAUGACGAGCCGCACUGCCCGAGUUUUGCUCGGCCUCCAGUACUUCUGCAACCUCGUUGCAGCUGCCUCCUUGCCAUUUGUGGGCUACCAGCUGAUGACGAGCUGCGACCAGGGCUUCCCCGGCUAUAUCCAUGGUGCCUGGUUGGGGUACAUGUGCCUUACGAACCUCAUGUCCUUGACGCUGCUCCGAUUGCUGGGUGGCAGGCGAGCCGGCGUCUUCUGCUACGCCUUUCGAUGGCGACUGCUCUUCAGGGCCCUUUGCUCCUUCAUCUUGCUCACGGAUACUUAUCAAGAUGCCACGUUCCCGGUGAUUGCGAACAAGUGCAACUUUGAGCUCUGGUUUGUCUCCGCUUGGUUGGUUGGCCUUGGGGUGGGCCUGAUGCAGGUUGUGGUGCAGCUGCUGGUCCUCUUGGCCAUGGCUGUGCAGUAUAACCGGGCCACAACCCCUGAGGAGCGGGACCGUCUCCUGGUUCAGGGCGCCUUUACGGCUCUCCGCGGUUCCGACAACUUGGUCCUCGUCUACGCCGUGCGCCCAGCAGUGGAGGAGCGGCUCGGUGGGGCGAGCUCCUGGGCCAUGAAGCUGUCGGAAGCACGCAUCGCCUUCCUGCGAUUCAUUUUCGAGGAUGUGGAGCAGAGCGCACUGCAAGCUGUUUUCUUGAUCUUCUACGACGAGGCCGCCUUUGCCGACAAGCUUUGGGUCACGACGUCCAUCGCCACUUCGCUUCUGCUCUCCUUCACGAUCGUGGUGCAGUGCAUCCCAGAAGUUCGGGAUUGGCUCUGGUACAGGGUUUUCGCUGCAUUUCCUGGGUGCCGUUGGAUACCGCUGCUGCGCAUCCCCUGGUUCGUACUGGCAGUGCUCCUAUAUCGCUGCUUGUCGAGCUUUCCUUGGAUAUCUGCAUGCUCCCCUUCCGGGGAUCCCUGCCCGGAUGAACGUCAAUGGUGGGAGUUCUAUUGGGGAUGUGACUCCAAUGGGCUGACGACUCUGCUGGGCCUGGAAGCACGUGAGACCGUGGUUGAGGACACCAUCACCAAUUCCGCCAUAGGUGUCAUCAUUAUCCUUUCGACGGUUGCGCUGGCUGCUAGCGUCUGGUGGCUGCGCCGUCAAUGUCUGAGAAUCCGCAAGAGGAAGACGCUGGAGAAGUUGGAACGCUACAAUUUCAAUCGGCGGUUUUUGCCCGGCGGAGAUGCUUGGCUGCAUUUCGUGCCCACCUUCCCUCAGAAGGGCAACCUGAGGGAUAACUAUAACUACUGA